GUUGAAAUCUGAGCCCUAUAACAUUCUCAUUUGCCCCGUCGCGCUUCGGUACGUCUUCAAUCGUUCAUGAUUAUGGCUUCGGCUUUGCAUCUCACGCGGCCCAAGACUCCUCCGCCUUUACACAUUCCCCCAUCCUCGGCCACAGUAACUGUGAGGGUUAUCGAUUCUACCACUACCCUUCUGCUGAACCCGUCACUUUUCUGGCAACCUCAAAUGAAGGGCCUUGAAAGUGUCUAUGCGCCCAUCUACUGCUUUCUUGUUUCGCAUGGGAACCGCCACGUACUUUUCGAUCUCGGUGUUAGACGAGACUGGGAAAAUUAUGCACCAAGAACAGUUGAUUUGAUACGACGCACAACUCGAUGUCACACGGAGAAAAACAUAUCAGAAAUUCUGGAUACUUACGCUAAGCAAGUAAGCGAUGCUGAUGUUGUAGUUAGGAGUAGGGACAUUGAAGCCAUUAUCUGGUCGCAUCAUCAUUUCGAUCACAUCGGCGAUCCAUCAACCUUCCCGUCGUCUACGACUCUCGUCGUUGGACCAGGGCUGAGAAACACUUGCUGGCCCGCAUAUCCAUCGAAUCCGGAUUCGCUAGUUCUAGAUGCUGAUAUCGAGCACCGCGAAGUGCGAGAAAUUAACUUCUCCACCGGGUCCGUUCACGUUGGGCGCUUCCGGGCGUUUGAUUAUUUUGGUGAUGGGUCGUUCUAUCUCCUCGAUUCCCCUGGUCAUUCCGUCGGGCAUUUAACAGCACUAGCCCGUGUCACGACGUCUGGGGAUGGUAAUCCUCAGCAUGACUCAUUCGUGUUCAUGGGUGCGGAUGCCUGCCACCAUCCCGGCGUGCUAAGGCCAACAGAAUAUCUACCCCUGCCAUCACAGUUAUCGCCAUCGCCAUCCCGCUUGUUUACUCACGCGUGCCCGGGUGAAACAUUACAACGACUUCAACGUAAUAACAGCCCCGCCGAGCCAUUCUUCACUGUUUCUCCAAUUUUAUUUCCGGAUCAUGAAGCCGCCUUAGAUACUGUACGAAAGAUUGCCGAACUGGAUGCCUCGGAUAAUAUCUUCGUCAUCAUAGCUCAUGAUGGAUCGAUUAAGAACCAUAUUGAUUUGUUUCCUGAAUCAAUCAAUGAUUGGAAGGCAAAGGGCGUUCGACUCCAAACCCGUUGGCUGUUUUGUAAUGAUUUCACUAGCGCCAUCGAGGAGUGCGACACACGCAAUGUUGUCGUUGAAAAAGACCUGUUCAACUGUUGA